ACCUCAAAUGCAGAAAUGCAGAACCUGCUGAAAGAAGGAAAGACAGACUUCACUCUGCCAAUCAGAUUGCGCAGCGGCAGAGGGUAAAUAAAUAUGGCGGAUUUAUACCAUGCAGCACAAUAAGGCGUUUAAUUGACAGGAUAAUAAAACUAGAGGGUGUCAGCUAUGGAGAAAAGACAGCAAGCAAAAUCGUGAUGUUUCUUUUCUUUUUUUUUUUCUUUCUUACGAAACGUGCGUGAGCAUCCCGACAUGGAGCCUAUUCUCUCUCUCAUUAGGAUAUAAAUGGAUCUCCCUGUUCCAGUAUCGCCCCGUUUGGACUGCUCGAUGAAUUGUUAAAAAACAGUAUUUACAGGCAGGCUUGUAUUAGACUCAAAUAGCUAUUUAACAAAAGAAGACGGUUUAAGAAGAAUAUGGGAUACAAGGUCCCAGGUGCUGCAAUGGAUCGUGUUAGCCUGCUUUGGCGGUUGAGGCGUCGAGCCCGUCGAGGGGUUUUGUGCAUGACCCUAUUUUGCAUGACUAUGGCUGUACUGUAUACACUGUGUGCUGAAAACAGUGUACCUGUCACUGAUGCCAUCUUUGGGGUGAGGGCAAGGACUCGGGCACAGCCAAGGGCACACUCCAUUGUAAAGGUGCUUCGGGGAGCGGGUGGAUCAAAACCGAUGUAUGUAGACCCUCAAAAGCUCCCAGGUGUUAUUCCUGGAGAUCCUCAAAAGCCUAUUCCUGUCCUCUCAUCCUUAAACUACUCAGUGGAGGCAAGUCAAAAGGAGCAGCACUCAGGGAGCAAAGAAAGGGAGCGACAUGGGCUUUUCGCCUGGCUAUUGGGCAGACCAUUGAGGCGUGCGCUGGAGACUGUUCUGGGGGCCCGAAAAAGAGCAGACAUAGCCCGCCAGAAAAGGGAAGGUUUCUCUGUCACCAAGGGGGCGGGUGGAGUGAUGUGGAAUGAUGAGAUGUCCAGCAGCAUGCUGGACAAAAGGCUGAGGAAGGUGGUGCAGAACUAUCAGGCGAUGAAUAAAUAUGGCGUGAAUCUCUCUAACUCAGAAGGUGGAAAAAGACGACAAAAACGGAGUGGCCCAGAGCUCCUGUGCCAACUUAAGGAGAUGGAGAAAAUUACCACAUUAAUGCCAGAGAUGGAGCCAUUUAAUAAAUUUCUCUGGGCCUCUCAGCUGCCUGCAACACCCCUGACCUCUGCACUUGGCCCAUUUAAAACAUGCGCUGUUGUGUCGUCUGCAGGUUCUCUGCGAAACUCCAGACUAGGGAAAGAGAUUGAUGCCCAUGAUGCAGUGGUACGAUUCAAUGCUGCACCCACUUUGGGCUUUGAGAAAGACGUGGGCUCUAAAACUACAGUGCGCCUGAUCAAUUCUCAGGUGAUGGCAUCAGAAGAUCACCACUUCCUGUCCAGUUCCUUAUACAGCAGCGGAACUUUAGUGGCCUGGGAUCCUGCACCUUUCUCCUCUGACCUCAGUGAGUGGUACAACAAGACGGAUUAUCCAAUAUUUAAACAAUAUCAGCAGUACAGAAAGCUGCACCCUCAACAGCCGUUUUAUAUCCUACAUCCCAGCAUGGAAUGGCAGCUUUGGAAGCGGCUGCAAGACAACAUGGCUGAGCCUAUUCAGAAGAACCCACCUUCCUCAGGCCUACUAGGGACAGUACUGAUGAUGUCACUAUGCGACGUGGUCCAUGUCUACGAGUUCCUGCCCUCACGGCGCAGAACCGAGCUCUGCCACUACUAUCAGAACUUCAAAGACAUAGCCUGUACUAUGGGAGCUUAUCACCCUCUGCUCUAUGAGAAGAAUCUGGUGAAGAGGAUGAACAAGGGUUCUGACAAUGACAUUUACAAUCUUGGCAGGGUGACACUGCCUGGAUUUAACACCUUGAACUGUACACAGACUUCCAACUCUUUGACUUCUUUCAAAGCAUAAAUGAAAGACUGUAUUUAUUCAACUUAGCAUUCGGGAUGUAACUACAUUAUUUAUUGCAUGACUCAAUGUAUGACUACUGCAGCUUAUUUAGAAAAACGAAGCUGGUGUGUAGGAAGCUGGCUCCCUCCCCAUAAGCUGUACAUGCUUUUGUUUAUAUGCUAUUUGUUAAUGAGAUUGCUUGAAUACCUAAAGAGAACUUAUUUGCCAUCACCAGUCCAGAGAAUGGUAAUUGUGAGUGCCACAUGUCAUAUGGAUACCAAGUUAGGACUCAGCUGCCAGUUUAUUAGUUAAAUCUACCAAGGAUGGGAGAUACGCUUUGUGCCUAUAUUACUGACUGUAGCUCAUUUGUCGCUAUGCAUAAUUUGUCAGCUCCAAUCGAUCAAUGUAAAGAGACCACCAUAGGACCAGCACUGAACUGAUAUUAUUUGGGUGGUUGCCCGUGUUUUAGCACAGCAGAGACAUUGACAAAUCAAUGUGUAUGGUGUUGGUACAAGGGUAUUACUUUUUUUUUUAACACCCAUUUGCGUGGUCCUAUAGUGAUGCCUUUCCCUUGUAGUAAGAAAAUAUAUGAGGGGUUCACCUGAUAAAAUUGCUAAACAUGAGGUCUAUGAUAUAAACUUGGGGUAAGUAGUUACAUUAGUAAGCUGUCAUGAAAUGAACAAAAUAGUAGCAAGACAGAGCACAUAAUCUUAUUUAACGUACUCCAAUUGGUGUCCACUUUGGUGCGGGUGUCCAAAGGGAAUUAUAUUGGCCAAAAGGGAAUAAUUAAGCUUAUGCACAAAAAAAUCUCCAAAAAUUGGCUGAACAAUUUGGAUACGCAAUACUGUGCAAAAGUCAGAGUCCACUCUUUUGUUUUCAAUCAAAUAAUUGUACAAUAAUUACAAAAAGUACAGGACACUAAUUCUAUUUUCAAUCAAACACCCAUGCAGUACUCUAUAUGGCCAAACGUUUGUGGACACCUGAACAUCAUACCCAUAUGUGGUUCUUCCUCAAACUGUUGACACAAAGUUGGAAGCACACAAUUGUCUAUUAUGUCUUUGUAUGCUUGAACAAUACAAUUUCCCUUCACUGGAACUAAGGGGCCCAAACAUGUUUCAGCAUGACAAUGCCCCGUAUACAAAGCGAGGUCCAUGAAGACAUGGUGUGCCAAGGUUGGAGUGGAAGAACUCAAGUGUCCUGCACAGAGUCCUGACUUCAACCCCACUGAACACCUUUGGGAUGAACUGGAAUGCUGACUGCACCCCAGACUUCUCUUGCCCAACGUCAGUGCCUGACCUUACUAAUGCUCUUCUUGCUAAAUUGGCAAAUCCACACAGCCAUGCUCCAAAAUCUAGUGGAAAGGCUUCCCAGAAGAGUGGAGGUUAUUCUAACAGCAGAGAGGGACUAAAUCUGGAAUGGGAUGUUCAAAAAGCACAUAUGGGUGUGAUGGUUAGGUGUCCAAAAAACUUUUGGCCAUAUAGUGUAUUUAUGCAGGUCAAUAUUAAAGUUAUAUUGUAUAUAUUAUAUUGUAAUAUUACAAAUAAAAUAUUGAUCUGUGUAAUUUUCUGUUAAAUACUUUUCCCCAUCAUUAUUGUUCAUUAUUGUUAUUGUUCAAAAAUUACACAAAGGCCAUCAUUAUUGUUUGCCACCAUAUAAUUAACAAUAAUUGCCACUUGAUUGAAAACAAAAGUGUGGUCUCUGACAUUUGCACAGUACUAUAGCUGACAAUCUAGCAUGUAAUUUGACUGCAAAUAAAAAUAUGCAAGUCAUCUCCAAUGGAGGCAACAUUACAAAUUCAGAGAGCACUGAUGUCCACUUUCUAUAACAGCCUGUCAAUAUAAAUGGAGCGACUAUUAAAAACAGUUAUUUGUUAAUAUGCAUAGUCUUCUAUGAUGUCUCUUUAAAAGGCCCAAGUCAAGAUGACGUUUUAAUGUAUAUAUGCAUUUGUUUAUUGCACUGUGAGGCUUUAUACCAACAGAAAUACUGUUCAACCUCAUUCUUUACGGAAUGUUCCUGCAUGCGUAGCUUAAAUUGCACUGCACCCUAACGUUGAGCAUUGAUAAACUUCUGUUUCAUUCUUCGUGUUAUUCUUACAAAAAGAGGUUUGCUGAAAGUGCAUGAAAGUUUGGUUUUGUUGCCACAAAGACAACUCUUGCUCUCAUUUGUGAAUCAUAGUAAGCUGAUUUCUGGUUAUUGGCUUAGUCAUGAGAUCUCAUUAUCGCAUUAUCUGCAUUCUGAUGAACCUACUCCAGACGUGUCGGAGUAUGAAAACUACACUACAAGAUCAAUGUAAAAGAGAGCUAUGCACAUUUCAUUCCCACUUAAGAAAAUGACAACAGUAUAUUUAUGUAUAUUAAGUAUAUUUUCUCAUAUUUUUAGAAUGUGAUUUUUCUCUCUCUCUGUACAGUGCUAAGUUAUUUGAACAUUCUGUCAGCAGACACAGUAGACAUUCAAAUACCAAAGUUGUUAUGCAUGUGACUCAGUUCCUAUGGGCCUGCGGACCCUAUGUUGAAGGGGGAAAAAAAAUCAGCAUGUACACCACAAGUAAAAGUGCAAAUAAAUUUUAGAGACGUUUGUUGGUUUUUCAUGUCACUUUUUAUUCAUUUUUCGUAUUAAUUCAUAUUCAUCAUUUCAUUUUGUUCAGUUACAGUUGUGAUUGUGUGAAGAAUAAUCUAGACACAAUAAGCUUCAUUUUACUUUUCCACUGACUGCACAAUUUUCUGUUUGUCCACUGCACUUGGGAGAUGACCAAAAGAAAAAUUUCUUCGAGAAAAAGAUAAAGAACAAAUUAUGACUAUAUUAUAUAAAAAUUCUAUAUAUCUUGAUUGUAUUCCUAAUUCUGCUUGCAUUUUCAGGUGCAAUACUGUAGUGCAUGACAGCAGUUGACAUUUGUAUUUAAAAAUGGCAAAACUGACACAAUAGGUUAAGAUAUUAUUCUGAACACUAGUCUGACCACCUACUAAAAGCACACACUGAUUCAGUGCACAUGUGGAUUUGAUCUAAAUCACAGAAAUGUAUAUCAAUGUAUACUCAAGUGUUAAAAUACAGUUGCGGUUUGCGGCUUCUGUCUCUGCCACUAAGACCAGUUUAGGCUCUUUUUUUUUUUUUUUAUCUCACUGCUUCAUCUAGACAAAAUUGCCUUUAGUAUCUGUUUCACAAUCAAUCCACCUUGGUUGCGAUAACCAAGAAACGUACAAUUAAACUUCUUAACAUCCCAAGCUUUCCAUACUCUUGUACUGCUAGCACUUUUUUGUCCACAGUCUUAUUCUGUUGUCGUUAAGCUUGACAAUUUUGCCACGUAUCACUGUAUAAUGAAGUACUACUGUGUAUGUAUGAAUUAGCAAAUAUAAAAUAUGUGUGGGUUUGUGGAUUUUGAAUUGUCACCUUUAAGAAAGUAAAUUGUAUGCAUGCA